ACAGGAUCACUAUUAAUGGUUGUUCUUUUUCUUCAGACUUCAAAAUGCCCCAGCAGAGCCCUGUUACUGUUAUUGUAGUGACUCCCUCCCCACUCUUUUAUUUUAUGAAUGAUAUUUCCCAAUUGUUAGUUCUCACAACUCCUUUCCGUGUCAGUGGCUUUUCUUCUUAAAAGCCCCAGCAUUUAUCUAUAGCUCUUUUUUAUUCGGAAAACCAAUUUCCAUUAGUGAUUAGUAGUACUUUGAGGGCCAUCUGAAUCGUAGAUCCUUUCCAAAACAGUGGGCACUCAGGCACAAGUGAGUGAAAGAAUGCAGAAACCUUUGCUAAAGAAUGCAGAAAUCACGAUCCUCACAUUGGCUAUCUGUAGGACUGAGCAGGGAAGGAACCCAGACAUGCCUUAUUUGGUCCAGAGUGUUUUGGUUUUUUUUUUAAUUGAAUUUCUAAUCAAGAUAUAAAUAUCAUGAAAAAAACAGAAAUAUCUGGUCAUUUCUUGAAAAUCGGAAAAUCUAGCAAAAGCAGGCCUGAAUUCUUCCAUGACAGCAAUGGGCACUUAGCAGAGUCCCUCUUGCCUUCAGAUCUCUCCAGUUCGCCGCCUCCUCCCCGUUUCACUCAUUUACAUUGCCCGCCAGGCCCCGUUAGCUUUUUGAGUUUGCGACGUAGGCACGAAAGAACGAGUGCAAUGGAUAAAACCCAUCUGCUGGGCCCACUCUAUCUCCCCUGGAGAAUAAAUGUUUCCUCGCUGUCCCCUCCAAUACCGUCUUACAGAGGCUCACAGAAACAGCUCACGUUUCUAGCCCACAAACUUCCCACAGCCCGUGCAACUUGCAUCGCUUUCCGCCCACCGUCUUUCCCCGCCCAGUUGCUGCAGAGCCCCCUCCCUGGCCCUGGCCGCGGCCUCCCUCCACCUCACCGCCUGCGGUCUGGUGCCCGAGGCGGGUCCCGGCCCCCGGCCCCCGGCCCCCGGGCCCCCACCGCAGCUCUCUGCCCCGGGCCGGGCUCGCCCACGGCGGCACUGGGCAUGCUCAGAGGCGGCCGCGGGUGCAGGUUGGCGGUGCAGGCGCUCGCACUCGGCAGCGGGCAGGCGGCGGGCGCGCGGCUGCAGCUGGAGCUCCAGCGCCCGGAGUUGGAGUUGCCGGAGUUUUCCCCCCACCCCUCCCUCCCCGCGCGCCGCAGCCGGAGCGGGCGCGGGAGCCGCGAGCGGCGGCGAGCCAGCACCCGGGCGGGCCGAGCCUCGUCUGGAGCCCGGAGCCCCGCGCGGGGUAGCCCCCGGAGGGGCCUCUCCUUGCUGAGACGCGUGCCGCGAGCUGGCACUGCCGGGACACGAACCGGGUCGCACGUGAACUCCCUGCCUGCCCUCCUUGCUCGUCCUACAAUGAGUGCCAAAUCUGCCAUCAGCAAGGAAAUUUUUGCACCUCUUGAUGAAAGAAUGCUGGGAGCUGUCCAAGUCAAGAGGAGGACAAAGAAAAAGAUUCCUUUCUUGGCUACUGGGGGUCAAGGCGAAUACUUAACUUACAUCUGCCUGUCAGUGACAAACAAGAAGCCCACACAGGCGUCCAUCACAAAGGUCAAACAGUUUGAAGGCUCCACGUCGUUUGUGCGGAGAUCACAGUGGAUGCUGGAGCAGCUUCGCCAGGUUAACGGCAUCGAUCCUAAUCGGGAUUCUGCAGAGUUUGAUUUGUUGUUUGAAAAUGCCUUUGACCAGUGGGUAGCCAGCACAGCCUCAGAAAAAUGCACCUUCUUCCAGAUCCUCCAUCAUACCUGCCAGAGGUACCUCACAGACAGGAAGCCGGAGUUUAUCAACUGCCAGUCCAAAGUCACGGGAGCAAAAUCUAUGCUGGCAGGAGCCGUGGACCGUAAGUUCUAUGUGUAA